AUGGAAGUGCCCUGCUAUCUCCCGAGGCUUGUGGCUGAGCUCAACGAGCAGCGAAAGAGGGACUUCUUCUGUGACUGCAGUGUGCUGGUGGAGGGGCGUGUGUUUAAAGCCCACAGAAACGUGCUGUUUGCGGGCAGCAGUUACUUCCGGGCACUUCUGGUCCACUUUAUACAGGACAGCAGUCAGCGUCAUUGCACUGCCUCACUAGACAUAGUCACAGCAGAUGCCUUUUCAAUUAUUUUGGACUUUAUGUACUCUGGUCGACUGGAUCUUCACAGAAACAAUGUCAUUGAAGUGAUGUCCGCAGCCAGUUACCUACAGAUGACGGACCUAGUGAACUUCUGUAAAGGCUAUAUCAACUCCUCUUUGGAAAUAUGCAACAAGGAAAGGGAAAGAAACUCUGUCAAGCAGCGCCAAUCAAAAGACAUCACAGAUUCUCAAGCAGUGACCGACUCAACAAGUGCAAUGACCAACGAGCCCCAAGUAGAGAAUGACGAAGCUGAUCACACAGCAAGUCAGAGUGGAACCGCUGCUAAAACGCUACCUUCUUUAUCCAACGAUAGUCCUGCAGGGUCCAGUCGAGAUGUGGACAGCAACUUCCACAUUCAAGAAGGUUUUAGCGAAAGACACAAAGAAAAUCCAGACCAAACUAACCACUCAUCUUCCUCAUCCUCUGCUAUGACGCCUGAACUUAUAAACCCAAAGAUUGAGUAUGACACUGACGAACCAGUGCUUAUUGAAUCUCCUGAGCCAAAAAUCAUAGGUACAUACAACACCCAGCCUCUACACAGUCUUCAUAACAAUAGACUCCUUCCUCCAUCCCCGUCCAAUGAGCGGUCUUCUUAUAGUCCUACGUUCAAUGCUCGUCAUUUGAUUGAACUGCUGGCAAGAGGUGAAGGCCCUGUCCCCAUUGUGGAGCGCGAGAGUCCACGUUUUGUCCCAGGGCUGGAUAGUGAGGCAGGGGGGAACAGAAUGGACGACGGAUUGAGUUUUGUGGGUUCCUCUAUGAUGGACGCUCAGGGUGAUUGGCUUGGAGAUACAGGUGAUAACCUGAUGGUCCAGGUGAAACUUCACAAGUGCCCGUUCUGCCCCUACACUUCUAAACAAAAGGGGAUUUUGAAGCGACACAUCCGCAGUCACACCGGAGAGCGUCCAUUUCCCUGUCCGCUUUGUGGGAAGAGGUUCACGAGACAGGAGCACCUCCGGAGUCAUGCUUUCAGUGUUCACAAAGACUGCUGGCCUGUGCCGUGUAAAAGCUGCCGGAGGACCUUCACUGGAUCAGCGGUGACUUCAGGCCUAAAGCGCUAUGGCCUCUGUGACAGCUGUAACUGCGUGACCACCACAAACGAAGACUCCGGUCACCCUGUUGACCUGGCCGAGCAGGGGGAGCGGGCAAACGGGGGAACAGACUGGUCCAGUUUUAUGGACGAUGUGGAGGAGCUUCAGCAUAGUUUAGCGAAAGAGGCCAUGUUUUGUGCAGCAGCGCUCCUCUGUGUCUCCGCGGCAGUAGUGGCCGAGGCUCGCUAUUCUGCGGACUGGACCAGUCUCGACGCCAGACCUCUGCCCACAUGGUAUGAUGAAGCCAAGCUGGGUAUCUUUGUGCACUGGGGAGUGUUUAGUGUGCCUGCUUUCGGGAGUGAGUGGUUCUGGUGGCACUGGCAGGGGCAGCAGCCUCCAGAUGCUAACUGUGUGAACUUCAUGUCCAAGAACUACCCCCCGGGGUUCAGCUACCCCGAGUUUGCGCCUCAGUUUCACGCACAGUUCUUUGACCCUGGUCAGUGGGCCGACAUCUUCAAGGCAUCAGGUGCAAAGUAUGUGGUUCUGACCGCCAAACACCACGAAGGCUUCACAACCUGGGGUUCCCCCUUCACCUGGAACUGGAACUCUGUGGACACAGGCCCUCACAGAGACCUGGUGGGAGAUUUGGGGGAGGCAGUCCGAAACAGGUCCCUUCACUAUGGCUUGUACAACUCGUUAUAUGAGUGGUUUCACCCGCUCUAUCUGAUAGACAAGAAAAACAGCUUCAAGACGCAGGAGUUUGUUAUGAAUAAAUUGCUUCCAGAGAUGUACAACAUGGUUGUGAGAUAUAAACCAGAGUUGAUCUGGUCAGAUGGAGACUGGGAGGCUCCAGACACGUACUGGAACUCCACUGCAUUCUUGGCUUGGCUCUACAAUGACAGUCCAGUCAAAGAUACAGUUGUGACCAAUGACAGAUGGGGAGCAGGUUGUGCCUGCAAACAUGGAGGUUACUAUAACUGUGAGGAUAAGUACACUCCAGGUGUGCUGCCCAAGCACAAAUGGGAGAAAUGCACAUCUGUGGACACAUCAUCAUGGGGUUUCAGGAGAAACAUGAGGCUCAAUGAGCUUAUGGACCUGCCCACGAUCAUUAAGGACCUGGUACAAACUGUGGCUCUGGGAGGUAACUACCUACUGAAUGUAGGCCCGACCGCAGAUGGAACCAUUCCACCCGUGUUUGAGGAGAGGCUUAGGGGGGUUGGCUCCUGGCUACAAACCAACGGAGAAGCCAUCUAUGCUUCCAAACCCUGGAGGGUCCAGUUUGAGAAUUCAAGUCUGCCGAUCUGGUUUACAUCCAAAGAUUCCAGUGUGUAUGCGAUUGUGACCAGCAAGCCUAAUAUGUCUAUUGUGCAACUUUUGGCUCCCAAAACAUCGACAAAGACCACGGUGACUCUCCUGGGGAAUGCUAAAGCUCUGUCCUGGUCUCCUCUGCUCCCUGGAGCUGGCCUCACCGUGCUCCUCCCUGCACUCCCAGACUCUCCGGGUCAGGCCUGGACUCUGAAACUUGAAGGUGUUCAGUAG